AUGCCGCAGCAAUUGAGCUCGAAAGAUGCCUCCUUGUUCCGACAGGUGGUCCGACACUACGAGAACAAGCAGUACAAAAAGGGCAUCAAAACAGCCGAUCAGGUUCUCCGGAAAAACCCAAACCAUGGCGAUACGUUAGCGAUGAAGGCUCUGAUCAUGAGCAAUCAAGGUGAACAGCAGGAGGCCUUCGCCUUGGCCAAGGAAGCUCUUAAGAAUGACAUGAAGUCGCAUAUCUGCUGGCACGUGUACGGCUUGCUCUAUCGCGCGGAGAAGAAUUACGAGGAGGCUAUUAAGGCAUACCGGUUUGCUUUGCGGAUCGAACCGGACUCCCAGCCCAUUCAGCGCGAUCUCGCCCUCCUCCAGAUGCAGAUGCGGGACUACCAGGGCUACAUACAGAGUAGAAGCACUAUGCUGCAGGCUCGACCCGGCUUCCGACAAAACUGGACCGCUCUCGCUAUCGCACACCACCUCUCCGGCGACCUAGAGGAGGCUGAAAAGGUGCUGACGACAUAUGAGGAGACGCUGAAGACCCCACCACCUCUGUCAGAUAUGGAACAUUCCGAGGCGACACUGUACAAAAACAUGAUUAUUGCGGAGUCAGGAAAUAUCCAGAAGGCGUUGGAACACCUCGAGUCUGUAGGACACCGCUGCUCAGAUGUGCUCGCUGUGAUGGAGAUGAAGGCGGACUACCUUCUACGCCUGGACAAGAAGGAAGAAGCCGCUGCAGCCUACACUGCUCUUCUGGAACGCAACUCGGAGAACUCUCUCUACUACGAUGGCUUGAUUAAGGCCAAGGGUAUCUCCAGCGACGACCACAAAGCCCUCAAGGCCUUGUAUGACUCCUGGGCGGAGAAGUACCCCCGCGGUGAUGCGCCUCGCAGAAUUCCCUUGGACUUCCUUGAAGGCGAUGAUUUUAAGCAGGCUGCCGAUGCCUAUCUGCAGCGCAUGCUCAAGAAAGGCGUGCCAUCGCUCUUUGCGAACAUUAAGCUUUUGUACACCAACUCUAGCAAGCGUGACACAGUACAAGAGUUGGUCGAAGGUUACGUCUCAAACCCCCCAGCGAACGGUGCGGCUGACGGUUCCGAAAACACCGAAUUCCUCUCCUCCGCAUAUUACUUCCUCGCACAGCACUACAAUUAUCACCUUAGCCGCGAUCUAUCCAAGGCUCUCCAGAACGUUGACAAGGCCCUUGAAUUGUCCCCCAAGGCGGUAGAGUACCAGAUGACCAAGGCUAGGAUAUGGAAGCAUUAUGGCAACCUUGAGAAGGCAGCAGAGGAGAUGGAGAACGCCAGAAAGAUGGAUGAGAAGGAUCGUCACAUCAACUCCAAGGCCGCCAAAUACCAGCUUCGCAACAACAACAACGACAAGGCGCUUGACAAAAUGAGCAAGUUUACGCGCAAUGAGACCGUUGGCGGUGCCCUUGGCGACCUCCAUGAAAUGCAAUGUGUGUGGUAUCUGACGGAAGAUGGCGAGGCUUACCUGCGGCAGAAGAAGCUCGGGCUCGCCCUCAAGCGUUUUCACGCCGUCUACAAUAUCUUUGACGUGUGGCAUGAGGACCAGUUUGAUUUCCACAGUUUCUCUCUGCGGAAGGGUAUGAUUCGAGCCUACGUUGACAUGGUUCGCUGGGAGGAUCGUCUGCGCGAACAUCCUUUCUACACCCGAGCUGCGCUUUCCGCGAUCAAGGCCUAUAUACUUCUCCAUGACCAACCGGAUCUAGCUCAUGGGCCUCUUCCUGAGAUUAACGGUGCUGAUGGGGACGAUGCUGAGCGCAAGAAGGCUCUGAAAAAGGCUAAGAAGGAGCAGCAGCGGCUCGAGAAACUCGAGCAAGAGAAACGGGAGGCUGCUAGAAAGGCUGCCGCUAACCCCAAGAGCCUAGACGGAGAGGUCAAGAAAGAGGACCCCGACCCCCUCGGCAACAAGCUUGCGCAGACACAAGAACCGCUAAAGGAAGCACUAAAAUUCCUCACACCCUUGCUGGAGCACUCUCCCAAGAAUAUCGAGGCUCAAUGCCUUGGGUUCGAGGUACACCUUCGAAGGGGCAAAUAUGCACUUGCGCUCAAGUGUCUCGCAGCGGCCCAUUCUAUCGAUGCGUCCAACCCUACUCUUCACGUCCAGCUACUUCAAUUCCGCCAAGCUUUGAACAAGCUAUACGAGCCUCUUCCGCCUCAGGUCGCGGAAGUUGUCGACUCGGAAUUCGAGGCUCUCCUGCCGAAGGCGCAGAACCUCGAGGAGUGGAACAAAUCCUUCCUCUCGGCACACAAGGACAGUAUCCCACACAAGUAUGCUUACCUUACCUGCCAACAGCUCCUGAAACCCGAGUCCAAGUCGGAAAAUGAGAAGGAGCUCGCUGCUACCCUGGAUGCAGGCAUUAUGUCACUUGAGACAGCCCUUGCUGGUCUAGACCUACUAGGCGAGUGGGGAAGCGACAAGGCCGCAAAGACUGCUUAUGCUGAAAAGGCUAGCAGCAAGUGGCCGGAGUCGACCGCCUUCCGAGUUAAUUGAAUGUCGACACUGCUUGCUUCUGUCUCUGUUGGUGUCUGAAUAUGGUUCUUGGUCUUAUUGGUUUCAUUGUGCGCACUUAGCGAAGCCUAUAGAACCAAAAUGAGAUGUCUACUUCAGCCGAAUUGUCAAGAUGAAUGGAAAGACCAUGUAUGAGUAUUUAUGGCUACUUGAGUGGGGGUACGUUGCUUGGAGUAUAUACUAGGUACGGAGUAUAGCCAAAAAUCCAACAA